AUGAUUGAUGACGAUGAUGCUCUAUUAGGAUCGGAAUUUAACCCCAUCGUGAUCUAUGUUGAAGAGGACUAUGGUUACUUCGAGGAAAAGCAGCUCAACUCUGCUUUGGACACCGAUAUCAAAGCCACGCCAGAGCUCAGGUGGGAUAAACUGUUCUGUGAAAGCCGUGAUCUCCUAGCGGACGAGACGACUAAUAUCGGCAUUGAGGUUUUGGUUACACCAGAGUCCUAG